AGUUGUGGCUUCUACGUCACGCGCGCCACGAGCCAAGUGGAGGUUCCCCGGCCUUUUUCACUGCCUUGGCAUGUAAUACAACGUGGACUUUACUAUUGCUCAAUACAACUUCUUUCACUUUGGGAGGACUCGUCCAACUUCACUACUCAGCGAUCUCUGGUGGUUAGUGGGAAGGUAUUCACGCGAGAGGGGCUUUUCCACACGGGCACAUGAGUGUGCCAACAUUAACCUUUGGGAGACCAAACCGAAGCAUGCCGGUACUGAUGACCACGCCUUCGCCGUCCAGUCAGGCCAGCUUCCCCGUCACCACCAGCGGUGGCGCGCCGGUCCAGUCGGCCGCGCUCUCGUCCUCUCGGCCGGCCGAGCGGAUGCGGCUGCGGCCCUGGCUCAUCCGCAACAUCGAGGAGAGGAGGAUACCCGGGCUGGAGUGGCUGGAUGAGGCGGAGCGGCUGGUCAAGAUCCCCUGGAAACACGCCGCGAGGCACGGCUGGACCUGCGACAAGGACGCCUCCCUGUUCCGGGCCUGGGCUAUCCACACGAAAAAAUAUGACCCCGUUUCCAACAUCCCCAAGGCCAACCCCAAAAUCUGGAAAGCCAACUUCCGGUGCGCCAUCAAUUCGCUGCCGGACAUUUUGGAGAUCAAGGGUCAGGGCAAGAGCAAAGGCAACGAUGCCUUCAAGAUCUACAAGCUGAUCCCCAAAAAGGCCAGAAGGACAAGAACGACUUCUGACGGUAAAACUUCGCAGAAGAGGUCGGGUCGCGUGCAAAAGAGCCGGCCGACGAAGCCCACAGAAAAGCACAUCAGAUCACCAACCUCGUCUUCACAAAUAUAUCCAAAGUCACGUGAAAACGUGUCUGGUAGCCUGUCUCCAGAGCAGUAUGUAAAUAAUCUACUUCAUCAUAGUCGGUUACAUGGUUACCCAACUCUUUGGGAAGAUUCUCUUCGGACUGAAAUCAGCCAAUCACAGCGGACGACAGAACCGUGGAGCUCGACUAUUACCUACACCAGCGGCCGGCAUUCACCGAUUCGGCACGAUCUGUCGCUCUACCCGACCCCACCAUCGUCGAAUUCGAACCAGGGGACCACCGAUCCGCUGAACCUGAGCUCCAACCACCACUCGACUUCCGAAGUGCCCGUCUCUUCCCCACCGGCCUACCCGCAUCACGCCCGCGGGGUCUACGCGACGCUCUACCCGAUCGGCACGUCACGGCGGCACGGCGUGUCGCCAGCUGGUUCCCGGAGUCACGAACUCGUGGAGCAGUACAUCUGCGCCGAGGACAGGCACAGGGCGGAGGUCAUGAACACCGACGGGUACCAUGAGCAGUUGCAGGAUGCAGAGAGCAACUGCAGCAGUGUCCCAUCUGACGAAGAGAUUGUUGAUAUUGUGGACGACAUGACCAAGGACAGCCCAUUGAACAGCCCAACUCGGACAUCACCGUUCGAUGGCAACAACAACAGCAACCCGUCCUCCUAUUGGCAGACUAGCAUGCAGGACGACAAACGGUUUCUCAGCGACGAACGCAUGAUACCGUCGACAAGUGAUAUGUCGAUGAGACCGCCCCCUCCCGACUACAACGCGUACCAAAGUUCAAGCCACGUCUUCAAAGUUGAAGCGAGGUCCCCGUGCGAAUACAUGAAGCCUGACGUGUACCGCGAUAUUCAAUCAGGGAACAGAAUAGCAGAGACGAGCUCCGGUACCUGCUUCUACGUCAUGUGAGCUUCGUUCUGAUCUGUCGCAUCGUGUCGAUCUGCUUUUAUUUUACGCUCGGCUUGGUAAAACACGUUGUGUUUUAAUACCCUGAAAGAUGAACCACUUCCAGCCUGCAGUUGAUGCUGAGCUACCAACGCACCAGCUGAAUGUGUUGUAAGUGAUGUAGUUUGUCAUGAUCUGUAUGAUGUACAUAAAAGUCGGCUUAAUGUCUGACUACUCGUACAGCUUUGUCAUGACUUGACCAUCAAAUAAAAUCUAUUGCAGCAAAAGGUUGGAUGUACAUUCUGUUAACGGAAUCAAAGCUAAGGUAGUUCUGGAAGCUUGUAUAUUGCGCUUAAGUAUGUCGGUAUGUCAGUGUAUGUGGGCCUACAUGCGAACCCCUUUGAUUGGAUAAGUGGUGCAGUGCGAUGUGUUUUGAAAUUUUGGGAUCAAUUGUCUUUUUGUGGCAUUAGCACGUGGAUAUGUGCAUUUGUUUUACAAGUCAUUAUUUUGUUAGUAGUUACCGCUCUAGUGUGAUCUUUCUGAUAUUUUGGGGAAUGAUGUUUUUUCGUUUUGUGUCAUGAUCUGUGGAUACUUCCUUUGACUUCUGUCUCCACUUGCCUGAAAAGAUACAAUGUUUGUCGCUGCGGAAAACUGAACGCACGUUGAGGAAAAUUUGAUUGCUAUGGCUUUUGGCACGAUAGCACACCACGUUGUUUUGAAGGUAUCAUAAAUCAGUCAUGUUGUCCCGCAUUUCAAAACGUUGAGCUAAUGGACUGAUCCGAAAAUUACUGAAGGCUACAAUUUUCUUGUAUCGACGAUGUGUGAUUGUUGUGUCACUCAGUAGCAUGAGAAAAGUAAAAGUUUCAAUUUCUUUCUUCCGUUUGCGUACUUUUUUUCGAAACAAAAAGUGACGUCAGGAUGUGUGGAGUUGUAUUUUCAUUAUCCUUGUUUGGUGUUUGGCACGAAGUGCGAAUAACUGUGUUUCAACUUAAGCUUGUGAAACUCUGGUCGGUUGAAAUAAAACCUCUAAAAAAAAUACAGAGUUGUGUUUAAAAGAGUAAAAUUGGUUGUGAGUCCAAGAAAAAUAUAAAAACCUGUAAAUAGAAUAUUUGUAUAUAAGAAAAACUUACAAAGCCCUUUUAAACAAAAUAUAAGAAAGUUUUAAUGCGUGUAUACUUCCUGCUUCUACUAUUUUGUAAAUUAGAAAUCCUAGUACUGUUACAAUUUUUGCAUGUUUUUCGUUUUGUGAAAGUGGCUUUUCUUGUGUGUUAUUUCUGAUAGUCGGUGGUUUGGGGAAAACUGUGUUCCGUUUUAUGCUUCUUUUAAAUCUCCAAGUUGGUUUUAAAGCAGUUGAAAUUAUUAAUGAGUCAUUGAUUUGUAUCAGUCGCUAUGAUUUAAAGAUAUCAAUGUGAACGUUUGCAUUGCUUGAUUUUCAGUAGACCCUGCGGGUCAGAAAUAUUAUGGUUUUCACCCCUAUGGUGCACAUACAGUGGACUGUCCUGUCCACUUCCAGCCAAUGAAAUUGAAGUACAGCGCGGAGAUUGAGAACUGUCGACUUUGAUUGAGGGAGGUUGUAGUAUCUUGUGAACCGUGUGGGUGAAAGUGCGUAACCGUCUGUAUGGAUGUUUAUUUUGAAAGUAUAAAGAAAUCUUAAAGAUUUCUUUCUUUAUUUUAAUUGCAGUUUUUAUUUUACUCAAUAUCCAUAGUGUUCUUAAUACAGUUUUGGAUGUAAUGGUGACGGAAUUUUUAUCAAAAUUUAUAUCCGAAAAAGAUUUCAAUAUUCUUAGCAUUUUUUUCCUUCAACUUUUGCUAAUUGACAUAAUGUUAAGCAAAAUGAGUACUAUACAUACGUGAUUUGUACUAAAAUUAAUGACGAUGGUACUAUUUUUCUAAUACAUCUGAUACUUCCGGAUCAAAAUUUCAUAUUUGUAAGAAAAGGACGGAUCUUAACGGUGAAUUUAAAUGCAUCUUCGAAGUUGUCGUAUGUGCCUGGAGUGUAAGACUUAUGGAUUUUCUUGACAAAGGAAAUGGUUGCAUUGGGCGAAUAAAGUCACAUUUUUUCCUCAAAGAUAUGCGAAA